GUUGCCCAAGGCUGAAUUUGCUGUCAACAAUAAUUACAUUUAACAAUAAUUAAAAACUCUAAAACUUGUCAUUAAGUCACUAGUUCAAAUAUCAAUUUUUCCUUUAUCAGUUGUUCAAUCAUGGCUGAUGUACCGAAAGAUGCUCCAGAACAUUGCCCUGGAACAGAAAGCGAUAAUGCGGGAAAGGUAUCAGCGUGUGCUGGUUGUCCAAAUCAAAAUAUUUGCGCAUCAGGUGCAACAAAACAACCUGACCCUGGAAUAGAAUUAGUGAAACAAAGGCUUGCUGAUGUCAAAUACAAAAUUUUAAUAUUGUCAGGCAAAGGUGGUGUUGGUAAAAGUACAAUGACUUGUUUAAUAGCACGUGCUUUGGCUGCUGACAGUGCAGACAGAAAUGUUGGGGUAUUGGAUAUUGAUAUUUGCGGACCUUCACAACCAAGAGUUUUAGGAGUCGUUGGAGAACAAAUACAUCAAAGUGGUUCUGGAUGGUCUCCUGUAUAUGUAGAAGAGAAUUUAGCAUUAAUGUCAAUAGCAUUUUUAUUAAAUAGUCCGAGUGAUGCUGUAAUUUGGCGAGGGCCUAAAAAAAAUGGGAUGAUUAGACAAUUUUUAUCAGAAGUUGAUUGGGGUAAUUUAGACUACUUGAUCUUAGACACUCCGCCAGGUACCUCGGAUGAACAUUUAUCUGCUAGUACAUAUUUGCAGAGUGCGGGAAUAACUGGAGCAAUUAUUGUCACUACUCCACAGGAAGUGGCUUUACUUGAUGUGAGAAAGGAAAUUGACUUUUGUAAAAAAGUUAAAAUUCCUAUUCUGGGUGCUAUCGAAAAUAUGAGUAUUUUUGUUUGUCCUAAAUGCAAAAAUAGUGCAGAAAUAUUCCCAGCAUUAACUGGUGGUGCGCGUCACAUGGCUGAAGAAAUGAAUAUCGACUUUUUAGGAUCGAUUCCUUUGGAUCCUUUGCUAGCACGUUGUUGUGAUGAAGGUAAAAAUGUAUUUACUGAAAUGCCUGAAUCACCAACAAUUGUUGAGCUUAAGAAAGUUAUUACCAGGAUCAUUGACAAGUGCGAGAGCAGCGGAAAAAAAGCAGCUGCAGAUGAUGAUGAAUAAUCAUACGAAAAAUUCCAAACUUUGUAUAUUUAUUAUCUAAUGUAUUGAUGAUGCAUCAUAAAAAAAUCUUGUAUUUUAUUUUUAAAACACCAA